CUACGAGAUUUUGUUAUGUCAACGUAUCUGACAAAUCUUUUUUGGGCGUAGUUUUGUGCGUUUUGUUUAUAUUUAUGUCUUAAGUUUAACGAUAAUGUAUCCGUCUACCAUGAAUUUAGUUUGUGUCUUCGUGUUCCUCACGAUCGCCUUAAAAGAGUGUACUGCCAUUUGGUGCUAUCGAUGCACAUCAGCAACGCCCGGUUGUGCUGACAAAUUUAAUUGGAGGGGUAUCGGUUUCCUGGGAGAUCCUUGCCCGGAAAACGACGACAUAUGUGUUAAAGUAACUGAGAAGAAAGGAGCAUCUGUCACAAUAACUCGCGAUUGCCUUAGUACGUUGAGAGCCUUCCGUACCGAUAUACCUGCCGAUCAUUACGAGGGAUGCCGUAACGCUGCAAAAGAUGUCCGUCUAGCUCACUACGUCUUCAACAACACCAUAAAAGAGUUGGACAUUCGACGAGAUUAUUUCGAUUCAACGGAAUUUUGCUUCUGCUUUUUGGAUCAUCGAUGUAAUUCAUCGAAUUCGUUAGUGCAGCCACUGAAGCUAGUUUUGGCAUUAAUUCUGGGUAGUUCAGCUCUACGAUUGCUUUUUUAAAGCAAAUCGAGUACAUUCCGCAUUGAUGAUUCAGAUCGUCAAUUCUUUCCAUUUUGUUUAAAACAAAAUUUCGAUUUAAGUGAACGAACGAAUUGCAUGAAUUUUUAAUGAAUCUAAACGUGUCUUCACCGAGAAGACAAGGAAACUUUUCCGUCCAAUUUUUCCAUUUUUUAUUUUGUAGAAUUUGUUUGUAAAUUAAAGCUAAAAUAUUUUGUAGAAAAAA